UAUAUUGAAGUAUUUGAUCAAAAAGCUAACAAAUAUAACAAAUAUGCAAUAUAUCUAGCUUGUCUAGAAAUAAAAGGACAUCCUUAUGCACUUGAAAAACAGUUUACAAAUACUAAAAAAUAUAGUGAAGCAACAAUACAAAAACAUCAAGGAAAAAGAUUUCGUAUACAGCAAGAUAAUAAUAAAUCAAUUAUCUCAGCUCAGUUAUAUCAUACCUCAUUAUCAAGUUAUGCAUCAAGUUCAUUAUUUGCUAAUGCUCAAAAUUCGCAUAUAAUAGCCAAAUCUUUAAAUAAUGGACCAUUAGAUAAUUUUGCUCUUCGCCAUUUUACAAGAAAUAAUUUAGAUAAAUUCAAUUAUUUGUUAUUGAAAGCAACAAUUUCAAAUAGGUAG